GCGUCAAAAAAAAACACGCAAACGACGAGCUCUGGCGCCGCCGAUUCCCUCAAUGUGGCGAUCGAUCGGUGGCUUCCUCCGCCUCUUCGUUGCCGGCGAAUCCGACGAAGAAACGCGGCGCACCGCGACCAUGCAGCCACCGCCCGAGCUCUCGCCGCCGGCACCAGCCCUUAGAGAAGUGGCGGUCGCAGACGCAGAGCGGCCAUCUAAGAAAAUCUGCCACUGCUUGGUCUCUACCUCAGCCUCAUCUGAACAACAUGUUUGGGCAGACCUACCGGACAGCCUGCUUCACUUAAUCAUUGCUCUCUUAAGCUCAUUCCAUGACUUCCUUGCUUUUAGUGGCGCCUGUCACUCUUGGCGCGCUGCGGUCUUUUCCUUUCCAUCAUCCAUAUAUGCCUUUGUCUUUCCACCUCUCCAUCUCAAAGCAGGUUUGCGUAAGGCUAACCGGGAUUGCGGCACAUGGUACAAGCUUUUAUUGAACUACAAAUGGUGUCUUUGUGAUCCUAUGAGGACAGACUUAUCUCUGCUCCGGUCAGCUCCCCGUAAUGCUCCAAAUUACAUGCGCCAUUUGGGCUGCUCAUAUGGGCAUCUUAUCUUCUCAUGUAUGGAGCACCUCCUCCUUGUCGAUGUUUACACAGGCACUAAGGUGAAGCCACCCAAACUCCAAGCCAACAGCGAUUGUGUGGUCUAUGGUGGCAUUCUUAUAGCUCCACUCAGUUCACCGAACUCAUGUCUCCUCCUUUUCUCGAAAUCAUUCAUUUUCCAGUGGCAGGUUGGAACGGAUUCCUGGACAGAGCACCCUCUUGUUUCUGAACACUUCCUUAGUCAGAUUGUUUUGUUCAAAGGUCAGAUGUUUGCCAUAGACUUUCCCCGGAUGCUCAAAACCAUAUCCUUGGCACCUCAGCUCAGCGUGCAGGAAGUCGAUGUUGUGUGGGGAGAGGACAUCGUUGCUGGCUUGAAUUAUGAUCCAUGGUUGGUGGUCUGUGGUGACAUGCUUCUCAUGGUUGAUCUCGUUGAUGGCUUGAUAAGCAAUGGCACCUUUCAAGUCUUCCGCUUUGAUUUUUCAGCCGAACGAGCUAAGUGGACCAAGAUGGAGAAGUUGGACAACUGGGCUCUCUUUGUCAGCCAUGAUAGGAUGAGCCCUACAUUUUCUUGCAUGAACCCUGAAAGAUGGGGUGGAAAGAGUAACUGCAUUUACCUUCCAAGUGCGUCCAAAGACUCUGAUGAACCUUGGAUUGCUGUAGAGCUUGGUCAGGCAGUUUACAGCACAACUCGCUCCAAUUCAUACAUCCUAGGAGGCAGAAGCAAUCAGCUUGAGAGCCUCUGGGUGCUCCCCAGCUUAGUCUAUGGUGCUGGCCAGUGAACGAUCAUGUUUGCUUGUUGCAUCUCCAGCCAGUGAUGUAGUUAGCAAGAAAGUACUUUAUGGAUGAUUAUUCAUGUCUCUCCUUAGCUUUAGUGAAGAGCAUAGUUCAGAAAAACAAUGCUCCUGAAAUUGCACCUACUGUUAGCAUGCAUUGCUAAAUGCAAUCUACUACUGAUUAGUAGUCCUCUUAGAUUGCUUGUUAUUGUUGAGAAAUAGAACACGCAGUUCUACAUUCAUGUCGUGACAAGGUAAUGCAAAUUUGCAGCAUUGUUUCUUUUGAUCUGCAGGCAAGAGUUUGACGAAACUUGCCUAAGAAUAUUAGGCUGGUAUUUUCCCCCAAACCUUUAGAG